ACUUUUACACUUUAAGACAAUACUACUUGUAAUACUGAGGAAAUGCUAUUUAUAAUUACAUGCUACUACAUUAGGCCAUAGUUGGCUAUUAUUACCGGCACCAGUCUACAGGUAGAUAAGUGGCUCGCAGCCCUACCAACCACGCGCGAUGCGAUGUGCACGCGCACCUCAGCAUUGCUCUCGCUGCAGCUGGCUGCAAUGGCGGAGCGGUAAGGUAAAGUAGGAGAUGAUACUGUGAGUGUAAUGAGUACUUCGCAUUUUUAUAAGGGGUCAAUAUGGCCAAAUCACUGGAAUAAAGCAAGAAAACGUAUAGGCAAAAGAAGCCCCAGGUGGCUGUCUGGAAAAAAACGUACUGAUUUUUCAAUGCCAUAACCCGAUCGGAAACACAGGGACAUCGGCAAGCAGUUUGAAAGCUGUCUUAGCGAGCAAGCUCAGUGUGCAGUAACCACCACCCAAGACUCGCUUACUUUAUUGAACAUUGACCGGAGCGUACCAACUUGAGUCGGACUGAACCUGGAGAUCAUGGCUGAGAGGAAUUCUGCUGGAUUACUUAUGAUGAUGCUGGAGCCUACUCCGGCAGCAGCGAUGACCCUACCCGCGGAGGUGCGAGAGAAGCUGGCAGAACUAGAGUUGGAGCUUUCUGAAGGGGACAUCACACAGAAGGGAUAUGAAAAGAAGAGAGGAAAGCUCCUAGCUCCAUACAUCCCACAGAUUCGAGGUGUAGACCCGUCUCUCCAGAUUGACAGCAGAGUCCACUCCCCGCAGGUCACUCCUGCUGUCUCCAAGCAGAACAGAGCCCAUGCUGCCAACUCUCGGGAUGAGCGCUUUCGAUCCGACCUCCACACAGAAGCCGUCCAUGCAGCCUUGGCCAAGUACAAAGAGAGGAAGAUGCCCAUGCCGUCAAAGAGGCGCUCAGUGUUAGUGCAGUCCUCUGUGGAGGCAUACACACCACCAGACACCUCAUCGGCUUCGGAAGACGAGGGCUCGCUGCGUCGGCAGGGCCGGACCGCCUCCUCCACCCCCUCCUACCAGGCCCACCCCAGCGUGGAGCACUGGUUUAACAGGGUCAUCCAGGGCUCCUCCACCUCAUCCUCCGCAUCCUCCACCUCAUCCAUCCCCGGAGGGAGGCCCCACGCCACCAACACCAGCUCCUCGGCCACCACCGUGCUGGCCCACCUCAUGGCCCAGACCCAGCUAGAUAACCACUCGGCGCCCCCAGAUGUGACGGGCCUGCUGGAGCGCCCGGCGCUCGUGGAGCGGCCCCAGGUGGCGUCGGUGCGAGGGGUCCCCCGGGGCUUCGGCCUGGAGACCGCAGAUGGUGUUCCGGUGAACAGUCGGGUCUCCUCCAAAAUCCAGCAGCUGUUGAACACGCUGAAGAGGCCCAAGCGGCCGCCCUUGAGGGAGUUCUUUGUCGACGACUUCGAAGAGAUGCUGGAUGUCCAGCAGCCUGACCCAAACCAACCCAAGCCCGAGGGAACCCAGAUGAUCCCUCUCAGCGGGGAGCCCCUGGGCGUGGUCACUAACUGGCCCCCCUCCCUGCUGGCCUCCCUGCAGCGCUGGGGCACCACCCAGCCCAAAAGCCCCUGCCUUACCGCGCUGGACAACGCCGGCAAGCCCACCUACACCCUCACUUACGGAAAGCUGUGGACCAGGUGUCUGAAGUUGGCCUACACCCUGCUGAACAAACUCAGCUCCAGGAACGAGCCCCUUCUGCGGCCUGGAGAUCGCGUUGCACUAGUGAUCCCAAACAAUGACCCGGUGAUGUUUAUGGUGGCGUUCUAUGGGUGUCUCCUGGCAGAACUGGUGCCCGUGCCCAUUGAGGUGCCCCUGACACGUAAGGAUGCAGGAAGUCAACAGAUCGGCUUCCUGUUGGGCAGCUGUGGAGUGACCCUGGCUCUGACCACAGACGCCUGUCAGAAGGGACUACCCAAAGCUCAGACGGGAGAAGUUGCAACCUUCAAAGGCUGGCCUCGGGUUCUGUGGUUUGUGACGGACGGAAAGCAUGUCGCCAAGCCCCCAAAAGACUGGCACCCGCCGAUACGGGACGCCAACAACGAGAUCGCUUACAUCGAGUACAAGACCAGCAAAGAGGGCAGCACCAUGGGUGUGACGGUGCCCCAUUCUGCCAUGUUGGCUCACUGUCAUGCCCUCACACAGGCAUGUGGCUACACCGAGGCUGAAACCAUCACUAAUGUCCUGGACUUCAAGAGGGAUGCUGGACUUUGGCACGGAGUUCUCACAAGUGUAAUGAACAGGAUGCACGUCAUCAGCAUCCCCUACUCUCUGAUGAAAGUCAACCCUCUGUCCUGGAUUCAGAAAGUGCACACCUACAAAGCCCGGGUGGCGGUGGUGAAGUCGCGGGACAUGCACUGGUCACUUCUGGCCCAGAGAGAUCAGAGGGACAUCAGCCUCAGUUCACUGCGGAUGCUCAUCGUAGCAGAUGGAGCAAACCCCUGGUCCAUCUCCUCCUGCGAUGCCUUCCUCAACGUGUUUCAGGCACGAGGGCUUCGGCCGGAGGUGAUCUGCCCUAGCGCCAGCUCUACCGAAGCCUUGACAGUCGCCAUCCGCAGACCCCCGGAGAUGGGUGUUCCCCCUCCAGGAAAGGCGGUGCUGUCGAUGAGCAGCCUGAGCCACAGUGUGAUCAGGGUGGACACUGAGGAGAAGCUCUCUGUGCUGACUGCGCAGGAUGUGGGACAGGUCAUGCCAGGCGCGCUGGUGUGUGUGGUGCGGGUGGACGGGAUGCCCUCUCUGUGUCGGACGGAUGAGGUGGGGGAGAUCUGCGUGAGCUCCAGCAGCACUGGCAUAUCCUACUUCGGUCUGCCGGGCAUGACCAAGAACAUCUUUGAGACAAUUCCGGUGACAGAAUCAGGGGUCCCCAUCAGUGACCGAACCUUUACUCGAACCUCUCUGCUCGGCUUUGUUGGACCGGACAACCUGGUAUUUGUUGUCGGGAAGAUGGAGGGGUUGAUGGUGGUCAGUGGGCGGAGACACAACGCCGACGACGUGGUUGCCACGGCGCUGGCAGUGGAACCCAUGAAGUUCGUCUACAGGGGAAGGAUAGCGGUGUUUUCGGUGUCGGUGCUCCACGACGAGCGCAUCGUGGUCGUGGCGGAGCAGCGGCCUGACGCGUCUGAGGAGGACAGCUUCCAGUGGAUGAGUCGAGUGCUUCAGGCCAUUGACAGUAUCCACCAGGUGGGGGUGUACUGCCUGGCGCUGGUUCCCGCCAACACGCUGCCCAAAGCCCCGCUGGGGGGCAUUCACAUCUCAGAGACCAAGCAGCGCUUCCUGGAUGGGGCCUUGCACCCCUGCAACGUCCUCAUGUGCCCCCACACCUGCGUCACCAACCUGCCCAAACCCCGUCAGAAACAGCCAGAGGUGGGCCCUGCUUCUAUGAUAGUGGGGAACCUGGUGGCAGGGAAGAGAAUUGCUCAGGCCUGUGGGAGGGACGUGGCUCAGAUGGAGGACAAUGACCAGUUCCUGUACAUGCAAGAUGUCCUACAGUGGAGAGCUCAAGCAACUCCAGAUCACCCUCUCUUUCUGCUGCUAAAUGCCAAGGGCACUGUGGCCAGCACUGCCUCCUGCCUGCAGCUGCACAAGCGGGCGGAGAGAGUUGCCGUGGCGCUGAUGGAGAAGGGGAGGCUGAACACAGGGGACCAUGUGGCCCUGGUCUAUCCUCCAGGCAUCGACCUCAUCGCCACCUUCUACGGGUGUCUGUACGCCGGCUGUGUGCCCGUAACCGUCAGACCCCCUCACCCUCAGAACCUGGCCACCACCCUCCCCACCGUCAAGAUGAUCGUGGAGGUGAGCAAGUCAGUGUGCAUCCUGACCACCCAAGCAAUAAUAAGGCUGCUGAAAUCCAAAGAGGCCAUGGCAGCCGUGGACGUGAAGGCGUGGCCCAUGGUGCUGGACACAGAUGACCUCCCGAGAAAAAAGGCACCGCAGAUCUACAAGCCUCCCACCCCAGAGAUGCUGGCAUAUCUGGACUUCAGUGUGUCCACCACCGGCAUACUAGCAGGAGUGAAGAUGUCCCAUGCUGCUACCAGUGCCUUGUGUCGCUCCAUCAAGCUGCAGUGCGAGCUGUACCCCUCCCGGCAGAUUGCCAUUUGCCUGGACCCUUACUGUGGCCUGGGAUUCGCCCUCUGGUGCCUCUGCAGUGUGUACUCCGGUCACCAGUCCAUCCUGGUCCCUCCCCUGGAGCUGGAGAGCAACGUGUCCCUCUGGCUGACGGCGGUCAGCCAGUACAAGGUGCGCGUCACCUUCUGCUCCUACUCCGUCAUGGAGAUGUGCGCCAAGGGUCUGGGCUCCCAAACGGAGGCGUUACGGAUGCGGAAUGUGAACCUGUCGUGCGUGCGCACCUGCAUGGUGGUGGCGGAGGAGCGUCCCCGCAUCGCCCUCACUCAGUCCUUCUCCAAGAUCUUCAAGGACCUGGGCCUCUCCCCCCGCGCCGUCAGCACCACCUUCGGCUGCAGGGUCAACGUGGCCGUCUGCCUGCAGCCCAACAGGUUGGGGAAGCUGGCUGAGCAGGGUACUGCUGGUCCAGACCCCACUACAGUCUUCCUGGACAUGAAGGCCUUGAGACAUGACAGGGUGCGUCUGGUGGAGAGAGGGUCUCCGCACAGCCUACCUCUGAUGGAGUCUGGAAAGAUCCUGCCUGGUGUAAAGGUGAUCAUCGCCAACACGGAAACCAAAGGGCCGCUGGGAGAUUCGCAUCUGGGAGAGAUCUGGGUCAGUAGCCCCCACAAUGCGUCGGGCUACUACACGGUGUUCGGGGAGGAGGUGCUGCAUGCGGACCACUUCAACACCAGGCUGAGCUUCGGCGACACGCAGACCGUGUGGGCGCGCACGGGCUACCUGGGCUUCCUGCGCCGCACGGAGCUGACCGACGCCAGCGGAGAACGGCAUGACGCACUUUAUGUAGUGGGCUCCCUGGACGAAACCCUGGAGCUGAGGGGCAUGAGGUACCACCCCAUUGACAUCGAGACGUCCAUCAUCCGAUCACACAAGAGCAUCGCAGAAUGCGCGGUGUUCACCUGGACCAACCUGCUGGUGGUGGUGGUGGAGCUGGCGGGCUCCGAGCAGGAAGCACUGGACUUGGUAGCCCUGGUGACCAACGUGGUUCUGGAGGAGCACUACCUGAUCGUGGGGGUGGUGGUGGUGGUGGACCCUGGGGUCAUCCCCAUCAACUCCAGAGGCGAGAAACAACGCAUGCACCUACGCGAUGGCUUCCUGGCUGACCAGCUAGACCCCAUCUAUGUGGCCUACAACAUGUGAUCACAUCUACAAAGCCUGCAAAACGUGACCCCAUCUAUGAGGCUCACAACAUGUGACCCCAUCUAUGAGGCUCACAACAUGCGACCCCAUUUAUGAGGCCCACAACAUGUGACCCCAUCUAUGAGGCCUGCAACAUGUGGCCCCAUCUAUGAGGCCCGCAACAUGUGACCCCAUCUAUGAGGCCCGCAACAUGUGACCCCAUCUAUGAGGCCCGCAACAUAUGACCCCAUCUAUGAGGCCCGCAACAUGUGACCCCAUCUAUGAGGCCCGCAACAUGUGACCCCAUCUAUGAGGCCCGCAACAUGUGACCCCAUCUAUGAGGCCCGCAACAUGUGACCCCAUCUCCGAGGCCCGCAACAUGUGACCCCAUCUAUGAGGCCCGCAACAUGUGACCCCAUCUCUGAGGCCCGCAACAUGUGACUCCGUCUACGAGGCCUGCAAAAUGCGACUCCGUCUAUGAGAUCUGGAAUAUGUGACCUGAUCUACGAGGUCUACCUCAUGUGAACAUGAGACAGAAGAGGAAUAGCAGAGAAGAGGUCUCUGCACACUAGAAAGAGAAGGAUGAGGAUGCAAACAGGAACUCCAUUUGUAUAGCAGCUUUUACUUCUCACACGUUACCUUAGCAGAUAUAGACAGUUCUAUACAGUGUUUAUUUUAAUACAACUUUUUCACUGUCAUCGGCAAUCUGAAAGUACAUGUAUUCCUGUUACCAUCAGGGCUGGACUAGCAGUCUACUGUUGUCUCAUUUCUCUGGAGUGUUGGUUUGGAUUUGCUCCAGUUGUGUGCUCAAAGCACAUUCUAGGGUGCAGGAAGUGUGAGGCUGUGAACAAGGGGGGUGUUAAUGUGCCUCAUUUCACUCUGCUGGGUGAUAACAUUCUUCUGUCAUUUCUGGAUUUCUCUGUCAUAAGUGCAUUUACCAGUUUCAUUCCUCAGUUACUAUUGGAUUGGCUAUCUGAUCCUUACAGAAUCUGGAUUGUAUUUUAAUAAUAGUCUUACCAUGACUUGUCUUGCUCAAAAUGUUCGUCUGAUGCAAUAUAACUUACCAUGUGUUUUUUUGUAAAUUCAGAUGCAAUGAUGCUUUUGUAUUAACUCAGUUAACCUUAUGCUUAAAUUGGACUGUAUAUUUAUUUUAUAUUGAAACCCUUGCUUACUUUACAUUGACCCUACAGUGGUAUCAUAUGACACAAUAGAAAAGAAAGAAUCUUUCAUUUUCUUAAUCAGAUCUGAACGUGGUGUCCUUUUUUAUGAAUUGAAGAGAGCACGCGGGUAAAUAAUUAAACCCAUUUCCUGCUGGUGUAGAGAGGAUGCACUGGGCCAAAUAAUUCUCUCUCAUGGUUGUAGUAGCACUUGGAUGUAGUAACACAUGGUGUUCACUGUGGGGAUUUUAAACUGUACACAGCAUUUCAGUUACAAAACAAUAAUCCAGUUUCAGUCUUAUUUUCCCCUAGAGCCGUGGUCAAUUGCAUAGAAUAGUGUGCCCAUUUUUCAUUUCCUGAAUUAACUGAAAUGGAUUUGACCCCAUUCUGUUAUCUACACAUUUCCUAGACUUCAAAUAAAUAUUGUUUAAGGGCAAGAGUGAAUAGCCUCUAUAAAAAGUAGUUCUUGAAAGUGACAAAUGUGUUUCGGCAGAAUUACAAGUUGAGUGGUUGUGCUUCCUUGCUGAAUGUGUACAAGAUGGAUGUUUUGUAUUAGUUUUACAAAGGGUGCAUUAUAUGAAUCCAAUGUGAAAUUCAAAAGGCUGGUUUUUACAUACAUUUCUCUUCAGUCAUUUUAUUUGAGCUUUCCUUGUGGAAACGUAUUUAAUUCCUUCCACAUCCUAAAGCGAUCUUAAUAUCAUUUAAUUUAAUUUCAGUUUCAGUUGAUGCAGAAGGGCAAUUUCAGCCUCACAAGGUUCCAAUGCACUUUCAAUGUUACACCUCUAAUGACAAGUUCUGAUCCUAGGCCCAUUUUCUGGACUAGCUUGAGAGAAUGAGUGCAAUGAGAAUGUUGUUGACAACUUGCUUCCUCAAUAUGCUUCUUUUUCACCAGCUUAUGCGCAGUGCUCAGAAACAGGUGGCAAGCCUGCUGUAAUUAUGUACAGAUCCUGUGUAAUUUAUUAAAGUGUUUCUGGGACUCCAGACAUUCCAGACCUGGUUGUAGAGAGGACUGAACCUGCUGAGAACAGACUUCUAAAUCAGCCAGAUUUUUAAAUGUGGUAGUUUUGUUUUAUAAGCGGUAAAUAAAGAAUAACAAAACCUCAUGUAAGAUUUUGUAUCAGAAACAUAGCAUCAUUGAUCCUGUUUGCUUAUAGAAAAAUAAAAUAUAAAAAGGAAGCACAUAUCUGAAAGUGAAAAAUGACUGUUGCUGUGAAGAAGCAGCCCAAAGAUGUUUAGUUCCUUCAUAUUCUAAGCAUUUUCUGAGCACAUUUAAAACUGUGGACAUUUAUAUGAGGAAGCAUUUGGAUGACAUUAUGUCUUUAAUUUAUGUUCAGAAGCUUCAAAUAAAGUGCUUUUCUUAUCUGUAAA